GGACGACGGCAACGGGUCGAAGCGAGAGAGCAUCGUCGAUCUUUUCAUGCAGUUUUUCGUGUGAAGAAGAAGACUAGUCUUAAAUCGGAAUCAUUCUUUUUGAAAGGGGAGAAUCCUUUCAUCAGAAAUAAGUGCACCGGUUGAGCCUUAAUCGAGGGUAAGACAGUUGUGUAAAGUGAAGUUGAUUAUCGCUGGUGUCAGAUUUGCGAUAGCAAAGAUAAAACUUUAAGUUCAGGGCGACAGAAGCAAGGGGCCGAGGAAUAGCCGCCGCUUCUGCUGCUACAUUUUUAUCGCACAGUGUCGGUAUAGAGAGACCAGCGAAGAAAAGAAAAAGAAGACACUCGUUGAAUCGCGAUCUCGUAGUGUCAGCGCCAAUCUCGUGGUCGAUAGAUAAAUGCUUCUGACACCAGCGUUGUCAGAUUCGCUGUUAACACGGUCUGCGAAAAUUGGUUUUAAACAUUUGAUAAAAUCGAUUUGGGCACACUGCCACGAUAUCAUUGACAUCGAAUAGAUGAUGUAUCGAGCCUCGAGACAAUAACAGAGCGAAAGUGAGUAACGAGAGCGAGAUCAGAAGUGUGCGCGCGUGCGAUUGGAAGAGCCAAAGAAAGCAAACACCGAAAGAAGAGGAGAUUCUAUUGUGAGCAUAGAUAGCGGGAGAGAGAGCUAAUGUGCAAGGAGCGCAAGGCAGCGAAAAGAAGCAAUUUUCAUUUCCGAAGAUUAUUGGACUGGUGUUUUUGAAUCUUACCGAUUGAGAACGUUCUGAUUCUGAAAUUUGGCUGCACUAGAAGCUCGCAAGUUAGCGUGAAUAUCCGGCGGAAGCCUGUGCCGACUCGGAGUUACCGGAAUCCGGAUCGAAGUCCCAGGGUGCACUCUGCGAACAGAUGAAAAUGGUGCGAAUUUUGUGCGUUCGAAGCAUUCACGAGUAGAGCCAAAAAAAGGACGGUCUGUUAUCGAAGCGGCAAUCAAUGGCACGCGACAGCUGCUUACCAAUAUGUAACUGAUAUUACCAGUGAACUAAGCGUAAAACUGGAAACCAACAUCAUCGAAUGUAUACAUUCACGAUCAUCAUAUCAAUCCUUACGGGAUCUACAUGAUGCAAUCGUACUGAAGUUGAAGUAUUUGGGAGUUUGUUCAACAAGCGAGUCAAAGAGUGAGGGACAGAGUGUGCGAGUGAAGCGCUAACAAGAAAGCAAUCUAGCCUCUGCGUAUUUAGCCUGAUGCUACUGUCGGAGUGGACACCACAUUGGAAUUGUUAGCAUUAUCCCCAAAGUUAAAACUGCCCAAGGUCCGAUCGUUUGUGUAACCCAGGCGAAACUUCACGAUUGGAAACAGAGUGUCUACCCUUUCGCAACGGAUGCUGUUAUAUUUAUUACUUUUAAGGGAUUAUUUAUUUAUUUAUUUUGUAUUUAUUCGCUUUCGAUACGUCCUAUUAUUCCUACUGUUGAGUGAGACAUUUUGUUCACCAUAAAAUCGCUAACGUUAAAGAGUCGAGAUUAGCAAGCAAAGCUGAAAUCUGGCGUCCACAAGUAAGGCCCACUGAAAAAAGCAAUUGAGCUUAAUGUCUACGAAAAAAAUGCAUCCGCCAGCUGUGAUACACUCGACCGGACAGAGUGGAGGCAAAGGUAGUUUACUUCCCACUGUGGGAGGAGGCAAAAUCACCAGGGAUCGUCAGAAUGUGGAGAACAUUGUUCCGUCCCCGAAGGGAUACUCCGGCAACGGUGACGCGCAGGCAAAUAACCACAAUGCCACGAAUCAAAACAGUGGCGGGAAGAAGAUGAGCAAUAAGGCCUCCGUUGUGUCAUCAAACAGCUGCAAAACACAAGCGGGCUCAACCAUGUCCGCAAUGGCAACGCUAAACAGCAAUCGACGCAAAAAUCACCGCCUGAAUUCGCCAGGUAGGAAGGCCCAAGAUCAGCAGCAAAUUUUCAACAGUUUGAAGGCAUGGAAUGUAAAAUUCACUUCAAGCACGUCGUCCAAAGCAUCUGCUCUGGAGAAGCGCGAAUUCAGUCCGGUUGGAUCCACCAACGCUGAAGGUGGGUCGAAGAAUGAAACUGGCCGAACUAGCACUGAAUGUGUUACGGGAGGUGGCCUGAGCAGCGUUGGCAGCAAUACUAGCAGUAAUAGUAGCAUUAUAAGUAAUAGUAUUAUUAGUACCACUAGCAGUUUGAAGAAUAAGAAACAGUCACUGCAGAUGAUGUCCUCGGCCACGGCGACGUCACAAAUUGUGAAGGAAACAAGCGUAGCCGGAAAAGCGCAAGUGUUGAAGAAGAAGGAAGACGUCGAAAGCAAUAGCAGUCAGAGCACAUACAAUGUUGAUCUGAAAACAGGGGACAGCAGUGCACCAGUUAUAUUAUGUGAAUCUGUGGGGAAAAUCGGUGCUGGACAGACAGCGACGACGACCGUUAAGGGCGACAGGAAGCCGACAAAUGCUGGUGGAGGCUUCAGUGCAAAUCACCGCAAUUUGGCAGUGACCAGUAGUUCAUCAUUGCUUUUACCAUCAUCAACGGCCGGUGCUCCAGCAUCGUUAUCAAGUCCGUUCACAUCGCAUUCAUUAUCGACAAAUUUGGUGUCUUCGUCGUCGCCAUCUCCUACCGUACCGAUCUCGUCCCCAGUAAGUAAUUCAAAGUUCGGAAAUGUUCGACAAUCGAACGUGGGUAAAGUGCUCCUUCCAAAUGUGAACCCUCUUACUGGUACAUCGUUGGAUCCCCUUGUUUUGCUGCAGGGCAAGCUAAGAAACUCAUUGAAGCUGGAUAGCUUCGUAACAACGCCUCAGACUCAUCACAUCUCUCAUCAUCAUUCCGCUAACUCGCAUCUUCAGGGACGGGGGCAGCAGCAGCAGCAGAAUGGUCAACAGGCACCACCCACCACUCCGCCACAUUACAGUUUGGAUUUUUUACAUUACGUUGGCAUGCGAAUGUCUAAUGCUAAUUGCACAAGCCAGGCUGGCAAUCCAUCAACUACAUCUGGUUCCACUAUUUAUCGCAGCAGCCCUCAUUUUACCUAUAAUCAUUUCAAUCAACAGUUGCAUCAACCGCAAAUAAUGCAUCAACAACCGCAACAGCAGUCGCAUCAACAUAACCAGAGGCAAUACACUAAUUACUAUAACUCUGACGAUUUGUUGAUCACGACGUCCGGAGGGGGUGAGCAGGUAUACGCAAAUUUCAACAUGACGGACCGUUUGAUGAAUGGCAACAAUGUGAGCUCUAGCGGAAACUGCGGUAGUGCGAAUGAAACUUGCAUAGCCUAUUGUUAUUCUCAGAAUCAUCAACAUUUGCAUCAUCCUAACCACCCAACGCAUCAGCAUGCGUACUCUAAUGGUGCACAUCAGAGCUACCAUCAAAACAACAAUUACCAAUCGCACAAUCGAAACUACGGUCGGAACGGGCAAAAUGGUCAGCACAAUGGAAAUGGUAACUCAACUAAUGGUAAUAGGAGGGCGUGGAAUAACAAUUGGCACAACGGUAAACAUGGUAAACAUAACGGUAAAGGACCCGGAUUCUUUCGGAGAAACCAUCAGUUCUACAAUAAUAAUCACCACACCAAUGGCAAUCAUCACUACGAUUAUCAGACGGAUCAUGUACGAAAUCUAGUUUAUAUCAGAGGUAGCCACGAUAGAGAUCAAACAGCACCGCCACCGGUAGAACAGGAAAAUAUCAGUCGAUCCCCUACGCCAAGUCCACAAUCCGUAAGCCCCGCUAUCGAUGUAGUCGAGACGAGUCAAGUUGGAUCCAACGGUAAUACUCCUAUGCAUGACGAGAAAUCCGACAGCGGAAUCGAGGAAGUAGUCAGAAAUCUCAAAAAAUCAGGUGUAGUUCCCAGUUCAUCCUCGUCCUCAUCCUCGAUGGUGUCAAUACCAUCGACCGACUCUUCCGCAGUAUCGUCGUCCGUUUCGCAAAAUCUCAGCCUCGACCUGAACUGUAUUAACGGGCAAGGAUAUGAAUCCGAUUCUUCACAUUCCUCUAGUUACAACAGCCACGUCUACCGCCACCGGAAGUAUGCCAACGGUGGCCAUGUUUAUCGUUCUUCCUCGUCCACUUCUUCCGGUGUUUCUUCGACAGCUACUUAUCCGCCCCUCAAUUCAUCAUCCUCGACGGAUGCACCAACGACAUCAUCUUCUCAGGUGACGGAUUUUUUCCUACGAAGCCAAAGUUACCACGGCUCACAUCAGAAUUUAGAGUCCACAAGUGGCAACGCUAGUCCGAAUCUGCCCGAUUCGCCCAUUGGAACGCCACGGUCGAUGGUUGCAAAUCAACCCUUGCCAAUGUUCAGCGAAUUGUUCACGGGAAAGCACCGUUCCCACCAACAACAGCAGCAGCAACAGCAUCAGACGAUUAACUAUAUAUGCAAUAACUCGUUGGAACUUCACACCGCUGCGAGUGGGAACUCGCCGUUGUCAACCAGUAACCACAACACCAGUAGCAGUAAUCACAGCUACAGUGGUGCUCCGCCGUCCACGGUGCCGCCCAACGAGACCUACUCGAUGCAGAGCGGACAUCCGAAGAGACACUACUCCGGACGCCAAUCGCCAUCAACCUCCUGUUCCAGUUCCCAAAAAGCGCCAUUAUCGACGGGCUUGAGUAGUCAUACAGCAGAAACCGCUUCUAGUCAACACCAGCAGCAUCAGUCAUCUCAGAAUGAGCAGCUACAGCUCAGUCCAAUUCUUCAUAUCAAUCGCAAAAACCAGACAGCCUGGGGUCAAAACCGAUCCGACACAACGAUGCCCAUAUCGACAGCAUCGUCGGGAAUAGUACCGGAUGUUGUCAUGCAAGCAGCACCCACCGCACUGCCGCCUCCUACUGCCCACCCGAUGAGCUUCCCAAACGAUACAAGCAACAUUCACACACCCGCCGAUAGAUUCCUCGCGCGAUCCCACCAGGUGGAGCUCAGAGUUCCAUCGCAGGAGAUAGCCCCAAAAGGAUGCAAGUGGGCAUCGCUGUCGACCGCGAUUUGGGACAAGUUUGCGGCCGCACAACAAACGGAGCAAAAGUUCAUCCAAAAAAUCCAUCUUUGGAGAUAUCUCUUCAUGUGUAUUCGGAAAGUGUUCCCCCGGUUAGGGCUAUAUCUGGUCGGCAGUACUAUGUCCGGUUUCGCUUCGGACAGCUCCGAUGUGGAUAUGUGCCUGAUCAGUCGAGCCAAUGUCGUUCCGUACGAUAUGCGGGGAGAAGCUCUCUACCAGCUGGGCCAGAUAAAGAAUUACUUCAUGAAUAUUCCCAUAUACUUCGAGGAAUUUAGCCUCAUCCAGGCGAAAGUGCCUAUACUGAGGUUCCGGGAUAGGGCAAACCUGAUCGUGGUGGAUUUGAAUUACAACAAUUGCGUUGGCAUCCGGAACACUCACCUCCUGCAUUGUUACUCUCAAAUGGACUGGCGCCUCCGUCCGUUGGUGCUAGUUGUCAAAUUGUGGGCUCAACACCACAACAUAAAUGAUGCGAAGAAUAUGACGAUCUCGAGCUAUUCGUUGGUAUUGAUGGUAAUACAUUUUCUUCAGUUCGGGGUUGGACCUCCGAUCUUGCCCUGUUUGCAUGCGAUGUUUCCGGAUAAAUUUGCGCGCAUGUCUGAUAUUAGCAACCUAGACAUGAUGGAAGAGAUGGAGCCGUACAAGAACGAUAACAAUAUGUCGUUGGGUGAACUUUUUCUGCAGUUUCUGGAGUACUAUGCCAACUUUGAUUAUGCACAAUAUGCCAUCUCGGUGCGAACAGGCUCUGUGAUUCCGAUUGAAACCGCACGUUUGGUACGGAGCUACCGAAAUGAUCCACAUCACUGGCGUCAGUUGUGCAUAGAAGAACCGUUCGAAUUAACCAACACGGCACGUUCCGUCUUCGAUGCAGACAUAUUCGAGCAGAUCAAGUCAGUGUUCUCGGUCUGCUGGAAGCGGUUGAAGGAAACGAAUGAUCUCAGCUCGGUGUUCGAAUGUGAUCCACUGUUCAUACCGGUGGCUUCGACGCUUUCGCUCACGUCAUGAUCGCUGCCGCCAGCGAUCCCGUCGUAUGAGUCUUUCCAAAGUGUGUAUCAUCGAUUCGAACCAUGCACCGCGGCCUGUGGUGGUUGAUUCGUUCUCGUGAUGUUUCCGAGCCAUUCUCUGGUGCUGUAGAGGUGAGCUUUAAAAGACUGACUAUACAUUUAGGUACAGAAAGAGAGACUGCGCGAUGGUUGAGAUGAACUGUAGGAUGAAGGGAAUUGUGACGAUCCUUCUAAACAUGAGAGGAUUAGAUGAAAUGCAGCCUGUAAGAUCUCGCACCUCAUACACUCACACACCCACACAUAUCAGGCACAUUGUUGCUACCGAUACAUUAAAACAUAAAGCAUAGAAAAACGCGAGAGUUUUAACAAGCUGGCCACCCUUCAGCUGUAGGAGAGUUGAACUAGAAGGCAUUAAACAGUCAAACAUGGCAAAAAUGUGUUCAUUUUAUCGCCAGUUGUGCGUGCGUGAACAAUCGAUUGAGUGGAAUGCAGAAGCUAUUCGUCGAGUGAGAAUGCGAAAUCGUGAGCGGUAGUCAAUAGGUUUUAAGAUUAGUUACCUCCGUAGGGAAAAUCAUUUUCUCGCCGAGGACUCAUGAAAUGAUCUCGUUUAACUAUUACUUUUUUGGUGUCGUCGGUUAUUUUCUGUUGUUCUGUACACGUAACACACAAACGCCGGUACGCGGAAUGUAGUUUUGCGGCUGACACCAGGAGAGAAGCUCAGUGUGAGGGGACCAAAAUGGAAGUACUACAAGAAAGAACAGCUUAGCAAGAAUCUUUCCCCCCCAGCAUAGCCAAUUAGUAACAGUCCGGAUAAAAAUUCAAUUUUCAUUAGUAUUAACCCUCCUUGUAAUGGGUAGAGGUGAAUCAAGUAAUACUCUUUCUAGCUAGCAGACGUUGUACACGAAAGAACGAGAACGACUAAAAGGAAACUGAAAGAUCCUAAAAAUAAUAUACAUUCAUAUAGAACUAUACGUCGUACAGAUAGGGAAAACGGCUAAAAGAGAUAUAUAUAUGCGAUAAAGAGAUACAAUAAUUAAGAGCAAAACAAAGACAAAGUUUAAAAACACGAAAUGGAUACACUUUUUAAGGAUUCAUUUUAAAAAUUAAAAAAAAAAAGAUUUAUAUUGGAGAUGAAAAAAUACGGCUGUGAAAAUUAAGAAAAUUAAAUUAUUAAAAGAGUGAAGCAAACUUAAGGGAAACUAAUUAAAGAUAUAUUUUUAGAUUUAAUUUAUAUGAACAAGGCAGUGUGAAGAAGAUGGAAGUGAAUGAACGUAGAUGAGAAGAUUAUGAAGAAAAAAAACAGAAAAACACACAUAAAAAGUAUUAAAAAUAAUACAAAAAGUCCAAUAACAAAAAAAAAGUUGAAAAGUAGAAAAACGUUAGACGGAGGUCGCCGGGAAAGCGGAUCAGUUGAGAUGAAUAGAAUGGAGGAGGACCAGCGAAUUAUUUCGAGGCAAUGACCGAAACGUAAGAUCGUGGGAAACAACUUUUCAAGUGGGCGAUUGGCCAGAGAUUCCUGAUAAUGAGCCGCAGUGGGUUCGAUGAUACUAUCUUCUCUGAAUCUCAUUGAAUUAUUUGGACACUCGCCCCUCCAAUAAUGAGCACAUAUUCAUAUAUGCUUCCAUACUGACGUUGGUAGUUUUUCCGGUGGCACUCCGUUUCUCGACCAAAAAAACAUAAGAAAAGAUAAAAAAGAUAUACAAAAAAAAAAAUGUCGGAAAUAAUGCGUUUUGUUUGACGAGGUGAAUUUUUCUAUCUCGAAUUUUGUGUAUUGUUCAGAACCGUAGGAACGAAGGGAACAGAAAAGCGAAAGAGGGUUAGGAUGUGAGUUUAAGUCGUUGGACAAAACUACCGAGAAUCUACUUCGAGCGAGGAUUGUUUUCAAAGACAUAAAAAAACUGUAUGUUCUGUAUUGUCAGAAUUUAGGAAGAGCCACUCGAGUAAGUUAAUCGCAGAUACACUAGCCCAAUUUUGUUCGUUUCUCUUUUGCCAUAUGUAUAGUUCUAGUGAAAAGGUUAUUUCAGAAAAAAAUGUUAAAGUCUUGUGAAAAAAAAGUUCUAAACACAACUAAAAUUCGAAUUCUUUUUUCAGCUGAAAAAGAAAGUUUGCUCUCUUGCAGGGAGGCUCUAGAUCCGAGUUAAGCUGAGAAUUUUCAUUCCGAUUUUAUUCCGGAGAUGUCGGUCAUUAUAUUCUUUUUACUUAUUUUGUGGCUUUAUCCUGUUUGCCGUUUCUACAAAAACUCUGAGAAUAGAAAGUCAGAAAAUGAAUGCAGAGCUUCAAAACAAAACAAAAUACAUUUGCUCUGUUUAUUAUAAGCCUAUAGGGUCGAAAAAGGCGAAGCCUCGCUCGAGAAAAACGAGAACAGAGCUGAGAUACAGCGAAAUCUAUCCAAAUCAAAUGUGAGAAGAUAUGUUAGUAGUGUACAGUAGGUUUAUCUAUUGCGAAGAGUAAGAAAGCGUUUCAAACGUGGCAUAUUUUACGAAGAGCAGAAAAACAGUUGAAUAAAAGUGAAAAAAAAGUU